UGGAUGUUCCCUCGGACGGCACCAGGGCUCACGAACUUACAACUCGACCAGAGGAAGGAGGACACUUUUCAACAGGCUCCUGAGAAGAACCACAUUUUGGAUUUGACUUUCUGAAACUGAAAUUGUAAACUGAAACUGUAUUCCCGAGGAGACGGGGGCGUAUUAAAUAACGUCAUGGGACGAGUUGAGAAAAAUUAGGCUGCAUAAAAUAUGAAGCAAAACCGCUAUGGGAAUUUUGGCCGGUGACUGCAUCUUCGUUUCAGUUCCUUUUCGCUUUCAGACUGCAUAUAAAAUCCAUCUGGGUGCGUGAAAAAUAAACUCAUUCGAAUGCUACUUCUCUUCUUAAAGUUUUUUUCUUAAAAAGUUAAAAGCAGCACCAUCCUAUGACAUUUCGUCUAAACGGGGUUGGCAGUUAAGUUUUCUUUUGAUUUUCCUUGACCCUGCCCCAUUCUCGGUUUAUGCUUCUUAGUGCCACGUUUGAAUGUGCGUCUGCGCUCGCGUCGAUGGACAACUUCUGCCCUUGCGUUUCAAAACAUCUGCCACGGAGGAAGUUAGAUAAGGAUGACCGCUGCAUAAUCAAGUAAAAGGGACCGUCCCUCUUCUAGGUCAUCUGCUGAACUACGCUAAGGGCAUUUCUAUCCAGGGGUGGGCACGCGUGGUUCGCUGUGGACUGGGGGCGCAUUAGCUCCUAAAUCCACAAUGCUGGAUUGAAUACAGGGGCAUGGCAUCUGCGGUUUUCGAGGGCACGUCGCUUGUGAACAUGUACGUCAAAGAUUGUUGGGUGAACGGAAUCCGGCGGCUGAUAAUUAGCCAAAAGGGCGAGGAAGAAGAGUUCUUCGAGAUCCGGACUGAGUGGUCGGACAGGAACAUCCUCUACCUACAUCGGAGUUAUUCUGAUUUGGGAAGGUUGUUCAAGAGACUCGUGGAAUCCUUUCCCGAGGACAGAGGUGAUCUGGCGCAGUCGCCACUCAUAGACGGACUCGUGAAGAUAAAAGAGGCCCGCGACAUUGAGGCCAGACUGAACGAGGUGGAAAGACUACUGAAGAAUGCUAUCAAUAUGCCAAGGAAGUAUUCCAGGUCUGAGGUGGUGCUGACGUUCUUCGAGAGAUCGCCCUUAGACCAGGUGUUAAAAAAUGACAACGUUCACAAGAUCCAGCCGUGUUUCCAGAGUCCAGUCAAGAUAUCAGAAAUCAUGCGGUCCAAUGGGUUCUGUCUGGCGAAUACUGAGACCAUUGUGUAUGAUGAGAGCAUCCCUCACAGCAAAGAGAGACCUCCGUCCACAGACUCCAACGAGCACCCGUUUGAGAACAGUGAGGAGUUUCUGCCCGGCGAGCCCGACAACAUCGACGAGGACGCGGAGGCGUACCUCACCAACCUCUCCUACUACCACCUGGUGCCCUUCGAGACCGACAUCCUGGAGUGACGCGCCGCGCAGACUCCCCCCACGGACCCUGGCUCAGCGCCGCGCACACCGGUUUGGCUGCGAGUGCUUUCGCUCGGCUGCAGAGACCCUGACUGUUGAUUUGGCUGCGCAGACUGAGGUCCAAACGGGCAUCCUACCAGCAUAACUGCGCAGGCCCUGACGUGGCCGUAUUACGCGUUUGGAUGCGGAAUGAGAGCUUGGCCGCCGAUAUUUAGAAAUACACACAACUUCGGCCCGUUGCUCAGCACCCUGGAGAAUCUGGAGUGCGGAGGUAGAAGUAUGUGGCUUUUUUGGUGGUCGGUGAAAAAGACUGACACCGCCGGUUUGGGUGUUGGUCUCUUCUGCAGACCUGUUUUAUGUGUCCCCUCAGAGACAGCUGACAGCACCAUUCUGACCACACCCCUGUGUUUCGUCAUCACCUGAAGGAGAGGCUGCCUUCUCCCUUUCAGAAUCACCGACGUGCCUCACUCCCGCGGCCCCGCCCUCAUUGUCUCCAAACCCUGCAUUCUCUCAUGGAGAGCAGGGCCGCAUCUUACACACGGUGUGCGGAAGUCCGGACCCGCCCGUGCUGCCGCCUCCAGGAUCUCCACCACCCCCCUGCAGCGAACAGGAAAACAGGGGGACCGAACGAAUCUCACAGACGAAUUUCACCGGGCUUCUGCUGAGCCUAAGCAGAUAAGGCCGCCGGAAUAUUCUGGACUGUUGCCUGUCAGGUGACUGGAGUGGGCGCAGUUCCCAGCAUUCACUCAUACGUGGAAAAACUGGAAACUGAGCACAGGACAAGUUUGCUCUUCAGUUAUGACCCGCUUUUAUGUAGAGAGAGGAUACACCUGGCUUUGUAGGGAACAGAAGUGUAUAGAUGUGCUGUUUCAUUUACAGGCAAAUUACACAAAUGUAAUGUCAGAAGGAAGCAGCUGAUAUUUUUAAAUUUGGGUAAAUGGAAUGGAAACCUGGUGCUUUGCUUGUAUUGUAGGCGUGAAAAUGCUAACUUGCCGCUCAUCUUAAACUGUUUCGGAGUCUGGCAUUUGUUCAGGCUGGGAGUUACUAAAAUUGUAAAUGAUUGAAUGUCACUGUUUGACCUGAAGGGUGUUAAUGGUCUCAUUGGUCAAGGCCUUUAUCCAGUGCCUGCCUCUGCUGCACAGCUUACUCUUCAGCUGUAGUGUCUGCCUCAGCUGCGCAGCAUACUGUCCAGCUGCAGUACCUGCCUGAGCUGCACAGCUUACUCCUCAGCUGUAGUGUCUGCCUCAGCUACGCAGCAUACUGUCCAGCUGCAGUGCCUGCCUCAGCUGCACAGCUUACUCCUCAGUUGUAGUGUCUGCCUCAGCUGCGCAGCAUACUGUCCAGCUGCAGUGCCUGCCUCAGCUGCACAGCUUACUCCUCAGCUGUAGUGUCUGCCUCAGCUGCGCAGCAUACUGUC